AUGGAGGUGGAGCACCGGCUGGACAGAGCCUUUCAAGUACUUUGGGAGAAGCUCGAGGCCCUCCUGUUCCCAUCACCCCAUGAGAAAGAGCCAGAAACACACUUGCGCACUCACCCAAGCAAGGUUAAACGCAAGCCUGUACAGACACCCCGAGCACCUCAACGCCUGGCACGACAAAACCAGCCGGAAAUUCUCAGAAAGAGGGAGACGGGAGGCCUGUCUGGCGGCAGCAAGAGAAGGGCAACAGCCACUUGGGAACUGCAAGGAAUCGUGAUGCCCAGAAAGCAUCGAAGAGCUGGGUACCUGAGGCGCCCAGGAAGGGCUGCAGUGGAAACCCGGAACAAGGUCCAAGGCACUCGGGCAGCGACUCCCAUAGAGCCCCAAAAAGGCAAUCCCCAACGACGACAGCACAGGCCGCAAUGUGGUGAACACUCACACGCGGCGCUUAGCAAGGGCGACACGCUACUAGCAAUCAGCGUGGAAGAGUGUGAGAGAGCCGCACCCUACAACAUCAUACUGCAGGACUGUAUCCUGACCCGAACAGGCAUCGGCUGA